AUGGCAGACACCGGCCCCGGCAGCCUCCGCGCGACGCUGGCGCUCGUGCAGCCGACAGACACCACGACGAUCUCGUUUGCCGCGAGCGUCGCCGCCAACUCCACCAUCGACCUCGCGGCGUCGGGCUCCCUCGUGCUCCCCGUGCUGACCGGCGCCGGCUCCCUGACCGUCCGGGCGCCCGCCGGCCUGCCCAUGAUAAUCAGGCAGCCGCUGGUCGCGGGCGGCAACGCGGAGACCGUCCUGGGCGACCGGCUUGCAACCGCCGCAGCCAACCCCGGGGUCGCGGUGGAGUUUGUCAACUUCCACUUCCAAGAGACAGCGUUUGCAGUGGUCGACGGGGAGCUGCGGUUCACCGACUGCAUAUUCACCUCGCAGGGGGCGGCCAACGGCAUCGAGACUAAGAGCGCACUCAGAAUCUCGGGCGACCGUCCGAAGCUGACGCUGAACCGCGUGACCAUUCAGGGCUUCCGCAAGUGGACGCCCGGCAGCAUCGCCACGCGGCUCGGGGCCGGCGCUGCGAUCAACGUGGACCCCACGUUCUCCCUGGCCUCCUCGCUCCGCCCGACCGGCGUUGUGGCCACGGUGCGCGCUCAUCACAAAGCGCCGGGAGGGCAGGGCCUGGCCCGCCAUCUGCUUUUGCGCCCGCGUAGUCCUGCUCUGUCAUUGACAAUUAUCGAUUGGAUGCCAUGGCUGAUCGUGCUCACCUAA